AUGUUCAUGCGGGCUUCUUCCGCCACCCUGCGCUUAAGCUCUUGGCUUGGCCGCAGCGAUCGACCACACAGACUCGGUUCUCGACGUUUAUUACCGGCGCUUCUACUAGCCCUCGGAGGAUUCGUUCUAUUCUACCUCUUUGUAGUGCCACAACUUCUGAGAUUCCGAUUUCGACUUGGUAUGAGCAGGUAUGACUUGGGAUUUUAUGGAUUUGGUCCUUCACGAACAUACCACUCUUUCGACGAGGAGUCCCCAAUUGUUGAGAUUUCUCCGGCCGGUGCAAAAUGCGACCAACGAUAUACCUUCCUUGCCCCACGGGGUGAUUCCGUUCGACACCCGGGGCCAAUGAUUCUCGACGCCCAGGGCGAGCUUGUUUACAAAAAAUACAAUUGGGGGACGACUCAGGAUUUUAAAGUUCAACACUACAAGGGAAAUGAUUACGUCACUUAUUGGCAGGGAGAUGAAGAAGACGGACAUGGGCGCGGAUCAUGGUAUAUGGGACUAAUCUUGGAUUUGGGACAGCUCGAUUCAACCUAUACCCCUAAAUACAUUAUAUCCCCUGUUGGCAUUCUUCAGGGCGAUCUUCACGAUCUCCAAAUCACAGUUAAUGAUACCGCGCUCCUCACCAUUUACGAACCCAUCCCGGCCGAUCUGACGUCCGUUGGAGGUCCCGAACUCGGUUGGCUUUACGAAGGUGUCGUGCAAGAAGUUGACAUCGCGACUGGCGAACUACUAUUCGAAUGGCGAUCGUCGCAUGCCUAUCCCCCUGAAACCAGUUAUGAACCACUGGGCGAUAAGGGUCACGAACGAACCCUCGGCUACGAUUACUUCCAUAUGAACAGCGUGGACAAGAACGAUGAGGGCCACUAUCUCGUGUCUGCGCGACACACACAUACGGUUACCUGCAUCGACUCAAAUGGUCAGGUACUCUGGACCCUGGGCGGGAAAUACAACGAAUUCAACGACGAUGGCUUUGCAACUAGCUUCAAAUGGCAGCACGACGCUCGCUGGCGCGGUCCUGACCGGAUCACGCUCUUGAAUAACGCGGCUAACGACAACGGAGACCUGUCUGCGGUUAGCCAAGGUCUCCUAAUCGAGUUGGAUAUUCCCGCGCGCGAAGCCAGGGUAGUGACAAGAUACGACCACCCGCAACACAUGAUGGCCGUUACACAGGGCAACGUGCAGUUGCUCGAUACCGGCAAUGUUUUGGUUGGCUGGGGCCAUAGUGCCGCGUUUACCGAGUUCUCGGCCGAUGGCGAAGUCGUCUGCAACACGCACUUUGGCGCAUCUGCCUAUUUCACUUUUGGCCGAACAAUGUCAUACCGAGUCUUCAAGGACAAUUGGGUUGGUAUGCCGGAUACUCUGCCCGAUGCCGCGAUGGCAGGGGACAGCGUAUUUGUCAGUUGGAAUGGAGCGACUGAAGUCGCUUCAUGGGCUCUCGAAGCCUGGGAUGGGGACAGUCUUACAAAUAUGACAUUUUCUGUUGUUGACGAGAUUCCACGUUCUGGAUUUGAGACUGAGGUUCCUUUCACGCCUGCCGUCACCUCUUACUUCCGUGUCGCCGCCGUGAAUGCGAACGGUGAGGUCAUCGGCAGGACGGAAGUUGCCUCACGAGGCUCGGAGCCCCCGACAAGCUUCUCUUCCGACCAUCCGUGGGGCGUAACAAUCAUUAUGAUCUUUUCUCUUGGUUGUCUUCUGUGUGGAUUAUACUGCGCUGUGUUCCGUCGUUUACGGCGCCGCAGACCGGAUAUGGGCGGAUUAUACCAGCUGGUUACGCCCAAAGAGGAUGAGGAGACUAAUGAGCAUGGCCAUCUCCCGAUCUAA